CCAAAACUGGUGUGAUGUAUCGGAAGAACUACCGGAGUUACGACGAGAGUCAGGAGGAGACAACAUUCUACGUGACCAAUCUUCCAUGCGGGAUUUCGAACUCAUUGUUACGGAAAGCCUUCCAGCCGUAUGGCGUUGUUAAGGAUGCUUAUGUUGCUCGAAAGAAGGAUGUCAGAGGCAACAACUUCGGGUUCAUUAGAUAUGUGGGGGUUACAAACAUCAACAUGGUACUGGAAGGCAUGAAUUCAGUGAAGAUCUUUGAAGCUAAGGUGUCAGCGUCAUUGGCUAAAUUCGACAAGAACCACAAUAAGAUUGAGCGCAAGUUUCCUGAUACAAGAUAUGUUCAACCUAAGCCAACUCCAGCCAAUCCAGCACCACCAGUAAAGGAGACGAGGCAUUACGCGACAGCUGGGGUGCCCAAAAGAAGUCUGUACAGAGACAUUCUGGUUGGGAAGCAAGGAGAGACGAGUGGCAAUAGUAAAAGAGUAAUGGUAGAGGAUAGAUUAGCAUUGUAUCCCAAUCAUUUUAUGAUGAGGGCCGUGGUGGUUGAGGUAAAAAGUGUGGUGGCGUUGGAAGAAUUAAGGACACUACUUGACAUUGGAGGAUACAUGGAUAACCCAGUAAGUUAUCUAGGUGGACUAAAGUGUAUGGUGGUUUUUAAAGAAAAGAGGCUAGCAAUCGAAUUCAUAGAAAAAGAAUCGGAGGCAUGGAGCAGUGUAAUUUCAUCCGCGGUAUUAUGGAAGGGGCAAGAUAUUAGCUACGACCGACUGGUGUGGCUGAACAUUGUAGGAGUUCCGAUUCAACUCCGCGACAAUAAGUUGUAUGAUCAGAUAGGAGAACAAUUUGGGAGGCUCGCCGGGGGGUCGCAAUUCUCGUGGUCUUCAUCAGAUAACUCAAGUGGAAACUGCUGGGUUGUCACAGAGGUCGGCAAGAGAAUUGACGAAGAAGUUAAGUUACUUUGGCGAGAAAGAGAAUACAAAGCUUGGGUGACAGAGGAACGUAAUCAAGAUCUACAGUCUGUAAUUGCGGAGCUAACAACGUCCAAGUUCUCCACCCCAGCGAAAUCCUCUGGUUCUGUUGCAGGACAGAAUGAGGAAGUCGAAGAAGGUGAAAUCCCGGUGGGUCAUGAUGAAACUCCGGCGAGAGCGGGUGUCGAUAGUCGGACGCCGUUUGAAAUUCCGGGGGAAAACGAAAGGUCAAGACGGGAGGACAGCGUGCAUGAGGAGCAUGCUCGGGAAGGGGAAAGGUUGCUUAGGUCAGUUGAGGUUGGAAGUGUCAACAAGGUGGGCCAUACUACAACUAAGGAUCUGGGCUCCACUAGGGUAUCACGUAAACGACCCAGAAGCUUCAUUAGUCCACACCAACUAAGCCCAAAAAAUCUUUUUGGGGCUGGAGAUAAUUAUGAAGGUGGGGCCAGGGAUGAGUCAUUAGAUUUAAACAACCCUUUAGUGUCCACUGGUCAAAAUUCGACGGACACAAACUCAGAGACGGAAAUCAAGGAGACACCAGCGAUGGAUAUCGAUUCGGAACACAUUACAGUUCUGGCGGUUGCAGAGGCCAACAACGAAGCAGCACAGGAUAUCGAUUUCCAAACAAGGAACUCAGGGCAGUUGAAGAAUGGUGAUGAAGACACUAGGGCUGAAACUGUUGCGACGAUUGGUGUAGGAGAGAAGGUAGGGUUUCAGUUGUCGGGGUUCCGCGAUCAGGUUAGUAAGACUAUUAUUGGAGAAGGUGACCAAAUUGUUCAUCAAUGAAUAUUAUGUCCAUAAACUUACGGGGGGUCA